GGUGGACCGAGAGAGCAGGCCCGCUGCAGCUCAGCCCCCGGGGCAGUUCCCUGCUCACCCGCGGACACCUGGUCCAGUCUGUCAGCGGCAUGAGAAACACAAGCAAGGAGCUGCCGGGCGCCACGAGCCGCUACGCUCCCUGCGACUGGUAUUACCACCUUCCCGUGAAGCGGUCCGAGAAGCCCAUGGACGUGCCCCCGGCCUCCCAGAUCCCCGGCCUCAGUGAUCUGAGCGAGCCUCCCAGUGGGCACCUGCCCGGGCAGCGCAGAUACUGGAUAAAGGAAACCGACUCGGAGUAUGUGAAGCUCGCGAAGCGAGGCGGCCGGCCCGAUCUGCUGCAGCACCUGGCACCGGGGACCAGGAAGGGCUCCCCAGUGGCCUACUCCUUGCCGGACUGGUACAUCCACCACAGCAAGCCGCCCACGGCCGAGCAGAGGCAGGUCCCUGUCGUCUCCAUGCCGGAUUACAUGGUGUAUGAAGAGUUCAACCCCGAUCAGACCAACGGUAACUACGAGUCCAGAAGAGGGCCGUUCGACUUUGAUGUGAAAACCGUGUGGCAGAGGGAGGCCGAGGAACGGGAGAAGGAGAAAAAAAAGGUGCGGCUGCCUGCCAUCAACUCCAAGUUUCCGAGCAAAACGGGGACCCCGCUCGGCCCCAGAGAGCCUGCAGGAAGCAGACUCUCCUUCCCUCCCAUGCCUGGGCAGAAGACCAGUUCACCCACAAACUUUUCCAAACUCAUCAGCAACGGGUAUAAGGAUGAGUGGUUGCAGCAGCGAGGGGACUCGGAUGGAAGGGCCCCACGGGCAUCCGGGGCAGCCCCGCCGGCUCCGUCCCCGUCCCCGGCCGCGCAAGACCCCGAAGGGCUCCAGGAUGCAGCGCCGCCCCCAGACCCGGACGUGCCCGAGGGCUCCAAGGACACUCAAGAUUCUCCUUCUCCACGGGCCACCACGUCUCCAUCUGCAUCCACACCUGGAGAGCUCAAAUAAGCCCCCCACCAAUAUGCAUCUACGAUCAUUUUCUGACGCCUAAAAAAGAUGUGACUGCAUCACAACCAUGCUUCUGAGGCUCCCGCUAUAUUUUAGGAGCAUAGAUUCAUACGAAAUAAUUACCUUCUAGCUUAUCUGCGUAGAUGGUAGAGAUGUUGGGUGUGGCUUUCUGCAUUUCUCUGGGACGUGAAUCACGGGGCCUUGAGGACGCUGCGCCUCGCUGGCCUGGGGUGUGGCCGGGUCUCAGACCCAGCCCCUUCCUCCCCGGCCCAUCAUCCUCUGACCUUACCUGAUCCUGUGGGAGUCUCUGUGACAUUUCUGUUGAAAUCAACCUGUUUAGACUCUUAACUAGAAGAAACUCACAGUCUUUU